AUGAUGGGAAACUAAAUAGUAAGGCGAAUCUAUAAAUCAUAAAAGAAAAUUUCUCAAAUAAAAUAAAACUCUUAAUCUAAGGAUCUAUCUUUUAAUAAGAUAAUGCUCCUGCCAUAAUGCAAAGUUAUUAAAAGAGUAUUUUAAGAUAUCUAACAUCAAUAUUUUAGAUUAACCCCCAAAAACUAAGGUUUAGUCUUUUAGGGAUAUCUUAAACUAUUUUUAUUUAAUUUUUUUGAGCAUUUCGAUAAUUAAAUUAAUUGCAUAGUAAACAAUUUUUAAUUUAGUUAGAUUUUACUCUUUGCUAUGAAUUAAAAUAACAUAAUGAAGCAGUAACUGUAGUGA